AUCGGAAUCAAUGUUUCAUUUUGUCACCAAGAUGUCUCAGCCUGCAGUCCUGUGUCUCCUCUGUGCUCUGGGACUCUUUGAGAAAGGUCUAGCAGCUCUGAUAGAAACUCAGCAGACUGUGCUGGCAGCAGAAGGAGAAGAGGCUCAGUUAAACUGUAAACUGAUGCAACAUAGAGAUGUUCUGCAAGUCACAUGGCAGAAGAUUUUACCUGAUGGGGAGAAGAAUCUUGCGACUUAUGGCAAGAACUUUGGCCUUAGAAUAAACAAAGGUUUUCAAGGAAAACUGAAGCUAAAAUAUGCAGCACCGCAGAAUUGCUCCAUAGUCAUCAGGGAGGUGAUGGGUGAAGAUGAAGGAUGCUAUCGCUGUUUGUUCAACACCUACCCUGAAGGAGCUCUCAUUGGCACAACCUGCCUCAGACUCUAUGAGCUGCAUGGCCCCGUCCUCCAUGUGAGAGCCUCAGACUCUCCUGAAGAGACAGUUGUGUCCUGCUGGGCCACAGGUGGACCUGCUCCCACAGUAACACUGACUGUCCCUCACUACAACUCUAGCAGAGUCACCAACAGCAACGGGACAGUCACUGUCACCACCACAGCUCUGCUGUCUGCUCUCCACCACAACACCACACAGGUUAACUGUACAGCACACGUGUCCUCUGGUCCUCACAGAGAGGUGUCCACCAUCAUUCCUGCAGGAAAACAGUCGUCUGAUGAUGGUUCUGAUGAGGACUCUGGGUCUGAUGACAGUAAUGGAGAUUUCACUUUGAUCACUUCAUUAUCUGUGACAGUGAUCUGUGUUUGUGCUGUUGCUGCAAUCAUCAUUUUCCUGCUCAUAAGAAAACGUCAGAACCGGGACUCUGAGGACACUAAGACACCACAAAAACCAACCAAUGAGACUCAUGGGGCCAUCACACCUUUAAUGAAGCCAAUGAGUGAGGUUCGGCUACGGUUGUCUUCUGGAAAAAAAAACAACAACUCACAAUCACCACAAAAGGCAAACAAUGACACUCAUGAGUUCAUCACAGCUUUAAUGAAGUGGAUAAGUGAGGUUUGGCUAUGGAUGUCUUCUGGGGGAAAAUACCCAAGACCACCAUCACCACAAAGGGCAACCAACGACACUCAUGAGGUCAGAACACCUUUAAUGACAGCGAGCGAGGUUCAAGUACAGAUGUCUUCUCGGGGGGGAAAAACAGAAUGCAGUGACCAAAGAUCAUCACCUUCAAUAAGAAGAAAUCUUGAGUUUUAAUAAGGGUGAACUAAUGAGUACUACAGAACAACCCACAAGACUGGAGUACCAACGCAAAGAUGGUUGGAAAGUCCCGUAAGAGAUUCAUAUUUCAAUAUGACAAAUCGAUCACAUUCACAUCAAAAGAUUAACGUUUGACUAUUUUUUUAAACAUCUGCAAUAUAGUUAAGAAGAUGCAUUUGCAUUCUUUGUUUAACAUCUUUUUUAAAUUCACUUUAUCUUUCUCAAAUUAAAUGUGUUUAAGUUCACGGCUGCUUUUUGUAUUAUGUAACUCAACUUAAUUAUAACAAAGAUGAAAUUACAUUGGACUGUAUAAACUGUAUGUACUACUGUAUUAUUUUAUUAUAUAGUUGGAAUAUAAUCAAAUUUCAUGUUGUUUUAAGUGUAUUUGUGUAUUUCUUUGUUAAACUGAAAUGUGCUUUUCUGGUGAUUUUGUAUCUUUUUUUAAAUCAUUUGUACAUUUAUAAAGAACACAUGUACUUUGCAGAAUGCUUUUGAUCAUGUUUUUAAUAAAAUACC